AUGGAAGGCCCCAGUCGUGUGUAUCUCUUCGGAGAUCAGACUGCUGAGUUCGACUCGGGCCUCCGUCGCCUGCUACACGCCAAAAAUGACUCGUUUGUGAUAGCCUUCUUCCAGAAGUGCUACCAUGCUCUUCGCUGGGAGAUCAGCCAACUGCCGCCUUCCGAGCGCCAGAUAUUCCCUCGUUUUACGAGCAUUGUGGAUCUGCUUGCAAGGUACAAAGAGUUUGGACCUAACCCAGCUCUUGAAAGCGCGUUGACGACAAUCUACCAAUUGGGUUCCUUUAUCCAUCAUUAUGGAGACCUGGGAUACGAUUAUCCAUCAGCGGCUGACAGCUGCAUUAUUGGUCUCUGUACCGGUCAGCUUGCCUCAGCAGCUGUGAGUUCUUCAAAAAACAUUGGAGAACUUAUCCCAGCUGGCGUUGAAACGGUUGUUUUGGCGCUCAGGCUUGGAGUAUGUGUUGUGAAAGUUCGAGAGUUGGUUGAGGCAGACGCACCGCCAUCAUCAAGCUGGUCUGUAUUAGUUUCCGGAAUUCGGGAGCCGGAGGCGGAAAACCUGAUUUUUCAAUUUGGACAAACCAAUACUCUCCCCCGUGUCUCGUGGCCGUAUAUUAGUGCGAUCAGCCCUAAUGGUCUUACGAUUAGCGGACCUCCAAGCUUUCUAGAAAGAUUUGUUGAAAGUUCUCUUUCUAGAGAACAGAAACCCACCAAGGUAUCAAUUCAUGGUGCUUAUCACGCUUCGCAUCUUUAUGACUCUAAGGAUGUCAACCGCAUUCUGGAGUCUUGGCCGAAAGAUGACUUUGCCCAUUAUGUGCCUCAAAUCCCCAUUCUUUCGAGCGAGACAGGAGAGCUUCUCAGUGUGGAGAACAUUUGGGAUCUUCUGAAAAUUUCAUUGGAAGAAAUUCUUCUGAGACAGCUUUGCUGGGACAAAGUCAUUGACUCAUGUGCGUUAGCUUUGAAGUCAUCGGCUCCGAAAUGCACCUUGCUACCAGUAUCAAGUACCGCAACACAGAGCUUGUACAGUUCAUUGAAGAAAGCAGAUCUCUCGAAUAUCGAAGUCGAUAACUCCAUUGGCGAUGUCAAGAAAGAUCCAGAGGGAGUCAACCGUUCGGGCCGUGCUGAACAGUCUAAGAUUGCUAUCAUUGGUCUAUCUGGGCGGUUUCCCGAGGCUCCAGAUACAGAAGCAUUUUGGGAUCUCUUGUAUAAGGGACUUGAUGUUCAUCGUGAAGUUCCCCCUGAGCGCUGGGAUGUUAAAGCCCACGUCGAUAUGGAGGGGAACACUCGAAACACCAGCAAAGUUCAAUAUGGAUGCUGGAUUAACGAGGCCGGCCUUUUUGAUCCUCGUUUCUUCAACAUGUCCCCUCGUGAAGCACUACAAGCCGACCCUGCCCAACGCCUUGCCCUGCUUACAGCAUAUGAAGCGUUUGAAAUGGCAGGGUUUAUCCCCGACAGCACUCCAUCUACACAGAAGAACCGAGUUGGUGUGUUCUAUGGGAUGACAAGUGAUGACUACCGUGAAAUCAAUAGCGGUCAGGACAUUGACACUUACUUCAUUCCUGGCGGCAAUCGUGCCUUCACUCCUGGCCGCAUCAACUACUAUUUCAAGUUCAGCGGUCCUAGUGUGAGUGUUGAUACCGCAUGCUCCUCCAGCUUGGCAGCAAUCCAUGUCGCAUGCAACUCUCUGUGGCGGAAUGACUGUGACUCUGCUGUUGCCGGUGGGGUCAAUAUACUGACCAACCCGGACAAUCACGCUGGUCUUGAUCGUGGCCAUUUCCUCUCGAGAACCGGAAAUUGCAACACCUUUGACGAUGGUGCUGAUGGUUACUGCCGAGCGGAUGGCAUUGGCUCCGUUGUGUUGAAGAGACUCGAGGAUGCUCAAGCUGACAAUGAUCCCAUCUACGGUGUAAUCUCCGGGGCGUAUACCAAUCAUUCUGCGGAAGCCGUCUCAAUCACCCGGCCCCAUGUUGGCGCUCAGGCCUUUAUCUUUGACAAGCUGUUGAACGAAGCCAAUAUUGAUCCCAAGGAUGUUAGCUAUAUCGAAAUGCAUGGUACAGGAACUCAAGCUGGCGAUGCCGUCGAAAUGCAAUCUGUUCUGGAUGUCUUCGCCCCUGACUACCGUCGCGGACCAACCCAGUCGCUUCAUCUCGGCUCAGCAAAGGCAAACAUAGGCCAUGGAGAAUCUGCAUCUGGUGUUUCUGCUUUGGUUAAAGUCCUGAUGAUGAUGCAAAAGAACAUGAUUCCUCCACACUGUGGAAUUAAGAAUAAGAUCAAUCAUAACUUCCCGACGGAUCUUCAAAAGCGAAAUGUGCACAUUGCGCUUGAACCAACUCCUUGGAACCGACCGGCUGAUGGUAAGCGCAAGACUUUUAUCAACAAUUUCUCUGCUGCAGGUGGUAACACGGCGCUGUUGAUGGAAGAUGGCCCGUUGCGUGAAACUGUUGAUACGGAUCCUCGAUCUGUUCACCCAGUCGUCGUUUCUGCGAGAUCCCAGUCUGCUUUGAAGAACAAUAUUACAGCUUUGGUGCAGUAUAUUGACAAUAAUAAGAACUUAUUCAAUGUCAAUGAGGCCAAGUUCCUUGCCAAUCUGUCUUAUACCACUACUGCACGACGCAUCCAUCAUCCGUUCCGUGCUGCUGCUACCGGUUCGACCCUGGAAGAGAUUCGGUCAACUUUGAUUUCAAGCGCCAAUCGUGAAAGCAUCACUCCUGUUCCAGCCACUGCGCCGGGAGUUGGAUUUGUUUUUACCGGACAGGGUGCUCAAUACACAGGCAUGGGUAGUCAACUCUAUGAGAACAGCUCACAAUUCCGAUACCACAUCGAGCAUCUUGACCGCAUUGUUCAGAGUCAGGGAUUCCAGUCCAUCUUACCUCUCAUCGAUGGAAGCAUUCCUGUGGAAGAGCUUGGCCCAAUAGUCACUCAGUUGGGAACUACGUGUAUCCAAAUGGCUCUGACAAAGCUCUGGAUUUCAAUGGGCGUUAGCCCCAGCUUUGUCCUUGGCCACAGCUUGGGUGAAUAUGCCGCGUUGAAUGCUGCUGGUAUUCUCACAACUAGCGAUACAAUUUAUCUUGCUGGUCGCCGUGCUCAGCUGCUCACAGAGCAAUGCAAGAUGGGUACACAUGCCAUGUUGGCCGUGAAGUCAUCGGUAGCACAAGUGAAGCAGUUUCUCCAUGACGAUGAUGCUGCUGCUGAGAUUGCCUGUAUCAAUGCUCCUAGCGAGACUGUCAUUAGUGGAGACAAUAACAUGAUCGAUCAACUCGCGGACAAGCUUGCCAACGGAGGCUUCAAAGCUACCAAGCUCAAGGUACCUUUUGCUUUCCACUCUGCUCAGGUCGAACCUAUUCUCAGCAGCCUUGCCGAGGUUGCCAAGGGCAUUAAGUUCCAUAAACCUGUGAUUCCUUUUGUGUCCGCCCUACUUGGUGAUGUUCUUCGGGAAGAGAACUCGGACGUGUUGGGACCCAAUUAUUUGACGAGACAUUGCCGAGAGACUGUCAAUUUCCUCGCCGCGCUGGAAGCUACUCGUCAUGCCAAGUUGACGAAUGACAAGACCAUAUGGGUUGAGAUUGGCUCUCACCCAGUCUGCUCCGGAAUGGUCAAAUCAACUUUUGGUCCACAAGCUACGACAGCAGCCUCUCUACGUCGCCAGGAAGACACCUGGAAAGUGUUGUCCAACAGCCUUUCAGCUCUCCAUAUGGCCGGCCUGGACCUCCGCUGGAAGGAGUAUCACCAAGACUUCAGCACCAUGCAUGAAGUCCUUGCCCUUCCAUCUUACAAGUGGGACCUCAAGAACUACUGGAUUCCUUACACCAAUAACUUCUGCCUCCUUAAAGGUGCACCCGCUCCACCGGCGGCGGAGGCUACUCCGAUCUCGACCUUCCUAUCCACCUCUGCACAGAGGGUUUUGGAGACCACUGCCAAUGAGGUUUCUGCAACUGUGGUCAUUGAAAACGAUAUUGCAGACCCAGAGUUGAAUCGUGUUAUUCAAGGACAUAAAGUCAAUGGAGCGGCUCUUUGUCCAUCGUCCUUAUAUGCAGAUAUUGCUCAGACUCUGGGCGAGUUCCUUGUCACAAAAUACAAGCCUGAGUGGAGGGAGCGUGGCUUCGAUGUUUGCAAUGUGGUGGUUCCCAAGCCCCUCAUUGCAAAGGGUGGCAAGCAGCUAUUCCGAGUCUCUGCCACGGCCAAUUGGGCCGAGGAGAGUGCACAGGUACAGGUCUGGUCUGUGACCACAGAAGGAAAGAAAAUUCUCGAUCACGCAACUUGUGAAAUCAAGUUUUUCGAAACAUCAGCAGCUGAAGUUGAAUGGAAGCGAAAUACCUAUCUAAUUAAGAGAAGUAUCAAGCACCUCCAAGAGAGCACUGAAUCUGGCCAGGCUCAUCGCAUGAAGCGUGGCAUGGUGUACAAGCUAUUCAGUGCUUUGGUCGAAUAUGAUGACAACUAUAAAUCCAUUCAGGAGGUCAUUCUUGAUAGUGACCAGCACGAGGCUACUGCACUGGUUAAAUUCCAGGCACCCCAAGGGAAUUUCCAUCGCAAUCCUUUCUGGAUUGACAGCAUUGGCCAUCUUUCUGGCUUCAUAAUGAAUGCUAGCGAUGCCACGGAUUCUAAGAACCAAGUGUUUGUGAACCACGGCUGGGACUCGAUGCGUUGCUUGAAGAAGUUUGAUCCUAAUGUCACAUAUCGUACCUAUGUACGCAUGCAGCCCUGGCAAAACUCCAUUUGGGCAGGUGAUGUGUACCUGUUUGACGGCGAUGAUAUUGUUGCAGUUUAUGGCGGCGUCAAGUUUCAAGCAUUGGCUCGGAAGAUCCUUGACACUGUCCUUCCUCCUGCUGGUGCUUCUGCCGCUACAACUGCUGCCAAAGGAAAGCCUGCGCCCAUCAACGUCGCGAAGUCAAGAGCGACCCCGGCUAAGAAGGCUGCCGUCCGUCCUGCUGCAACUUCACCUAAGUCUGCAGGACUGAGCAUUGUGUCGCGUGCUCUUAGCAUCCUUGCAGAAGAAGUUGGAUUGUCGGCAUCUGAGAUGACUGAUGAUCUGAACUUUGCGGAUUAUGGAGUCGACUCCCUGCUCUCUCUGACCGUGACUGGCCGUUAUCGUGAAGAGAUGAGUAUUGAUCUAGAGUCCUCUGUCUUUGUGGACCAGCCUACAAUCAAGGACUUCAAACAGUUACUUGCCCGGAUGAGCCCUGCUGAAAGCAGUAGUGAUGGAUCGAGCAGCGAGCCUGAUAUUUCGUCCGCUGAAUCUUCGACUGACAUCUCCUCUCCGAAUUCGAGCGGAAUUCCCACGCCUACACACGAGAAGACUAUGAACUUCCAACAGAAUGAUAGCAUGAAGGAGAUCUGCAAAAUCCUGGCUGAGGAGAUUGGCGUGGAGCCAGAGGAGCUUCAAGGAGAUGCCAACCUGGGGGAGAUGGGCUUGGAUUCACUGAUGUCUCUGACCGUUCUUGGUAAGAUCCGGGAGACCCUCGACCUUGACCUUCCUGGAGAGUUCUUCAUUGAGAAUCAGACGAUCGAAGACGUGGAAGUUGCUCUUGAUCUCAAGCCAAAGGCCGUGGCACCAGAGCCUAUCCGCCUUCCAGAGCAGAUUGAAGUCAAGGCCCCUAAAGCUGUGUCUACUGCAAUCCAACAUCCCCCUGCAACUUCCAUCCUCCUUCAGGGAAAUCCCAAGACAGCCACGCAAAAGCUUUUCCUAUUCCCUGACGGUUCUGGAUCUGCCACUUCUUACGCCACAAUUCCAGGCAUCUCACCGGAUGUUUGUGUUUACGGAUUGAACUGUCCGUAUAUGCGGACUCCUGAGAAUCUUAAGUUCCCACUGGAAGAACUCACGUACCCAUACGUGGCGGAGAUUAGACGUCGUCAGCCUCAUGGUCCUUAUAACUUUGGUGGCUGGUCGGCUGGCGGCAUUUGUGCGUAUGAUGCGGCUCGCCAUCUCAUAUUCGAGGAGGGUGAGCAGGUCGAUCGUCUGCUUCUUCUUGACUCGCCAUUCCCCAUUGGACUUGAAAAACUCCCUCGUCGCUUAUACAGGUUCUUUGACUCCAUCGGCUUGUUUGGUGAAGGUAAAGCUCCCCCACCAAAGUGGCUUCUGCCACACUUCCUUGCUUUCAUCGAUUCAUUAGAUGCAUACAAGGCGUCGCCGUUCCCAUUUGAUGAUGAAAAACACGCCGAGAAGAUUCCGAAGACUUUCAUGGUAUGGGCUAAGGAUGGCGUUUGCAAUAAGCCUGAAGAUCCUCGCCCUGCUCCUGCUGAGGAUGGAAGCCCCGAUCCCCGGGAGAUGCUUUGGCUUCUCAACAACCGAACUGAUCUCGGACCCAAUGGAUGGGACACCCUUGUCGGACCUAAGAAUGUCGGUGGGAUCACGAUCAUGGAGGGCGCAAAUCAUUUUACCAUGACGCAAGGGGAGAAGGCAAAGGAUUUGGCCACGUUCAUUGCCAACGCCAUGUCUUCCGCCUAA